UUAUCCGAGUCAACUCGGAAUUUCUGCCGGGUCAUCCCAGUUUAACCGAUUCAUGACCUAGUCUUUGAGUUUAUUUGGUUUAAUUCUAAGCUUUAGAUUGGGUUGGGCUUUGAAUUUUAGAUUGAACAACAGUGCAAGUUAUAGAUUGGGUUGGGCUUUGAGUUUAUUUGGUUUAAUUCUAAGCUUUCUCCCUUCUAGGUAAUAGACCGACAGAGUGUUAGUAAACGAUAGAAUCUUCCACCUUCCAAAGCAAGGUUUCCCCCUUCUCUCUAGAGCCCUGGACUUCCCAUCAGUUUGAACCAUAUUCCCUCUUUCCCUCCUCCCUCCCUCCCUCCCUCUCCUCAUAGCGCACCAAGCUCAUUUCUGGGUGAACUUUAAGAACGAACCCUAAAACACAGUACAGGUGAAGAACAACUGCGAAUGCUAUCAAAUCAAGAAGUUGAACACGUGGAUUACUGACUUAGAUGUUUAGAUCAGUUAAAUCUUUUUGUCAGAAUAAAUUUUCUUAAGUUACAUUGGUUAAGGAAGUCCCCUUUUGAGACGAAGUAUGAGGGAAAUUGUGACUAUUCAAGUUGGAGGUUUUGCUAAUUUCAUUGGCUCUCAUUUCUGGAACUUUCAGGAUGAGUUGCUUGGGUUGGCUGGGGAUCCCAAUGGUGAUCCAAUUUUCAAGAAUCAACAUUUGGAUAUGGAUGUGCUCUACCGUACUGGUGAAACACUACAGGGCAUUGCCACAUAUACCCCUCGCUUGGUUUCAGUUAAUUUUCAAGGAUCCCUUGGAUCUAUGAGUUCACAUGGUACAUUGUACGAUCACAAUCCACCUGUACCGUCACAUGUCGUCACAUGGCCUGGAAAUGUUUCCACUCAUUUAUCUGAACCUCAUAAGAAGAACUUGUUCUUGCAAAGUUUGUAUGAGGAAGAGCAAGAGAAUUUGGCUCCAAUGGAUGGUAUCAACAGUGGGAAGAAUGAUCGUGAGAGUGAAAUUCAGGAUAAGGAUAUAGUUGAAAGUCUAGAAAAUGGUGUUCAAUUUUGGACGGAUUUCUCAAAAGUUCAUUACCAUCCCCAAAGUUUAUAUGAAUUAAAUGGAUUGUGGAUGGAUGCUCAAGACUUCAACAACUAUGGAAUUGGAAUGGAUGUGUUCUCUGAAGGUCUGCGAGGAGAAGAAAUGAAUGAGAGGCUUCGAUUUUUUGUGGAAGAGUGUGACCAUAUUCAGGGUAUUCAAUUUGUUGUUGAUGAUUCUGGAGGUUUUUCCAGUGUUGCGGCUGAUUUCCUGGAGAAUAUUGCAGACGAAUAUACAAACACCCCGAUAUUGCUGUAUACAGUCCGGGGCCCUGAAUCCUACAUGAAUCGCAGAAGUCGUAGGCAGACAAUGGCCUGUGAACUUCAUGAUGCAAUUUCAUUCUCAAGAUUAUCAUCCUUCUGUAAAUUAAUUGUACCAAUUGGCUUACCCUUACUGGGUAGAAGUAAAGUCUCUUCAUAUCUAUGCCUAGAGGAUGAAAAGCCUUACCACUGUAGUGCAGUUUAUGCUGCUGCCCUUCACUCUAUCACCCUCCCCUUUCGAAUGGAAACACUUGGGCCUGCUACAGAUUCAUGCUAUGUUUCUGGUGCUGUGGAUGUCUAUGGGCUCAUACAAAUGUUAGCAGGCCAGGCUAGGCAGAAUAUUGUAGCUACUUUGGAUGCUGCGAUGCCGGCACCUUCUUUAACUGGGAAACAGGUUGAACAGUCUUUGCUAGGGAGUUUGCAUCCAUUUACACCAGAGAUAGCAGAGGAUGUGGAAGACCUCCAGGAAGUGGAAUCUUUGACUAUUCAUGGAGCCUUUGGGUCAGGUGGUUAUAGGGCCUCAGUUUCUGAGGUGGAGGAUACAGUUCAUGCUGCUUAUGAAAAUGCAACGACAAAACCAUUAUUCUCUCAUCUAUCUGUGGCUCAUUGUCCCCUUCCAAUUCCCUUGCCUUUCCCUUCAAUCUUUGGAAACCUUGUUGGCCAACAUGGUGAACUCUUAGGCAGCCCAGUGAUGGGUGGCCGCCCUUCAAGGGGAUCUCUUGAUGUCCAUUCCAUCCCUAUGGCAGCAAGACUACGUUCUACCAGUGCUAUCUUGCCAUUCUUGGAGAAUAGACUGGGAAAUCUUCGGAGGUUUGGUAUUGCACGUGGAGCUUCUGGGACUGAAUUACUUAGAAGUUGGGGAUUUGCAAAGGAUGAAUUAGAAGACACUGCAGAGAGGCUGUCUAAGAUGAUUAUGACAUUGGAUCCACAUUCUCAAUCAUCUUCUGAUUCAGAUUAAGUUUCAGCAAAGUCGUUUGAAGUUUCUUCAUGAUGCAGAUAAUGCUUCUCUUGCUCAGACAGUCACAGACAUAAUUUUCUUCGUACCAUCAGGAUCCACAAAUGAGCAGUCUCUCCAGUUGGGAUGGUUGUAUUUUAAAAAGUUCUGCCAAUAGAAAUUUUGCAUAUCACCUUGUUUAUCAAGCAGUGGCUACAGAAAGGUGCUGUAUCUUAUUCUCUGCCUGCAUUUGAAAAUCAAACAUCAACUGCAUUCAGGGAAUUGCUGGUGUUUUGUUUAGUGAAAAUCUCCUCCGUAUAUUUCUGCUAUCCAUCUAUGAUCAAGUUGUGAAAUCUUUACUCCUUUAUUGGUGAACCAGUAUCCUUGUGUGAGAGAUUUUGCAUGAGAUGAAAAUGGAAGCAAUACUAUUCUGAUCUGAGGAAAUAUUGGGCAUUUUAAUUCUACAAGUCUGCCAGGGGCAUUAUUGGACAGGACGGAGAGAGUCAUUUAAGAAAGCAUGUCCUUUUAUACGAUUUGAUUCAUGAACUGUAUUUAUUGCACGCUAAACGACCAAAAGACAGCAUCCUAACUUUCUGGUUUAUCUACCGUCUGUUUUGUUGGAUUUUUAUGGCCCAGCUAUCUGACCGUUCCUCAA